UGUGGGCGGCGGGGCCGUGACGUCACUGGCGGAGUGGAAUGGCCGAUGUGUCUGAGGUAACUCUGGACACCAUGAAGAGCUUCCAGUCCCGAUAUGAGAAGAUCGACCGGGAGCAGAGCAGAUACCCGUUCUGUAUCGUGUGGACUCCGAUCCCCGGACUGUCAUGGUUCCUGCCGUUUAUUGGUCACAUGGGGAUCUGCACAUCUUCUGGAGUGAUCCGAGACUUCGCAGGUCCAUACUUUGUGUCUGAGGACAACAUGGCAUUUGGAAAGCCAACAAAGUUCUGGAGGUUGGAUAAGAGUAAGGUGUAUGGUGGAGGUGAGAGUGUGUGGGACAUGGCAGUACACAACGCCUCUGAGGAAUAUAAACACAGAAUGCACAAUCUCUGCUGUGAUAAUUGUCACUCUCACGUUGCCAUGGCGCUGAAUCUGAUGCGCUACAACAACAUCACCUCAUGGAACAUGGUCAAGCUGUGUGUCCUGUGUUUCAUCUACAGCAGACACGUCAGUUUUGUGGGAUUCCUGAAGACGUGGUUGCCAUUCCUGAUGAUCUGCGGCAUAAUCGUCACAGUCACACUCGCUUUCAGAGUGGACCACAGCGUCUAACAACCUCACCUCAGUGAGGAGUCACAGCUCACACUGACCAUCAGGGGGCGCUGCAGGGUAAACGCGCGCGCGCGCACACACACACACACACACACAGGGAACACAGUGUCACUGUUGUGUGUGUGUGUGUGUGUGUGUGUGUGUGUGUGUGUGUACAUCAUAUUUAGGGGCUUCCACUGGAACAUCACUGUAAGAUAACAAGGCUGUGUUCAAAACAUUACAACACACACACACACACACACACACACACACACACACACACACACACACACACACACACCCCUAACAGUGACACUGUGUUCCCUGUGUUCACACACACACACACACACACACAGGGUGUAAAUAAAUGAGACUAGCUGUAUUAAACGCACUUCCCUGUACACAGCAUGCUUUCUUUUUCUGGCUCUUGCGUUUGAUUUGGAUUUGAUCUUGUAUGUUUCUAUUCCGUGUGUUUGAGUUUAAAUACAUUGAUCUCUGAA